UCAAACAAAUACACAUUUUCCGCCCAGCAGAGACACGGUCACUCUUCACCUGAAAUCAUAUGAUCGAUUUGCAGUGAAAAUUUUCAGACGUCGGGCAGAAGGCAAAGCACGGUCGUACGUGGAUUUCUUCGGAACAUUGAUUUUCUUUUGGUUUUGUGCGAGUGAAAAAAAUCCGUCAAGAUGGCAUUGAGCGAUGCUGAUGUACAGAAACAGAUCAAACACAUGAUGGCGUUCAUUGAGCAGGAGGCCAAUGAAAAAGCCGAGGAGAUCGACGCCAAGGCCGAGGAGGAGUUCAACAUCGAGAAAGGCCGCCUCGUCCAGCAGCAGCGUCUCAAGAUCAUGGAGUACUACGAGAAGAAGGAGAAGCAGGUGGAACUCCAGAAGAAAAUCCAGUCGUCCAACAUGCUCAACCAGGCUCGCCUGAAGGUCCUGAAAGUGCGUGAGGACCAUGUGAGCAGUGUGCUGGAGGAUGCCCGUAAGCGUCUCGGCGAGGUCACAAAGAACCAGUCCGAAUACAAGACUGUGCUGACCAAGCUCAUCGUCCAGGGCCUGUUCCAGGUAAUGGAGCCCAAAGUGAUCCUGCGCUGCCGCGAGGUCGAUGUCCCGCUGGUGCGCGAUGUCCUGCCCGCUGCCGUGGACCAGUACAAGAAGAGCAUGAACCAAAACGUUGAUUUGGUCAUCGAUGAGAAAGACUUCCUCUCUGCUGACACUUGCGGUGGUGUUGAAUUGCUGGCCCUGAACGGACGCAUCAAGGUGCCCAACACUCUGGAAUCCAGGUUAGAGCUGAUUUCCCAGCAGCUGGUGCCCGAGAUUCGUAACGCCCUGUUCGGCCGCAACGUCAAUCGUAAAUUCACCGACUAAAUUCUUAAGUGCAAAAAAAAAAAACAAAAGUAGAAAAAUGAGAUCCAGCAUCAAACAUCCAUUCAGCUGGGAAAACAGUUCAAGUUAAUUACAACAGCUCCUCCAACCCACUUAAUAAUGAACCCCAAAAACAAAGUAAAACUCAUCCUUUGGCAUUUCGGGAAACAGAAAAUAGGGAUUAUAUUCGUUUUUAAAAUACUUUUGCCGUUGUCUUUGUAUAGUGAAACUGAAAGAAUACCUAUGCGAGUAUGCCAAUACUUACUAUAUAGUUUAGAGGACAUGAUCCUAGGAGCAUAAAAAAGAAACAAUUAAUCGAGUUUGUUAAAGUUUGUUCGUUUUACAUGCGUGCAUAUUUGCGCUGAACUGCAGGUGCAGUUCCAGGCAUAUGCUUUUUUUGUUGUAUACAUACACUUACAAUUUUUGCAUACAUUCCUGUCCAAGUUUAAUAUUUUUUUGUAUUUUAACUUUUGCACCCUCCCUCCCCAUUUACGUUGGUUUUUUUGUAAAUUAUUUUCCGUCUCCCUGUAGUCGUUGUUGAAUUCUUUUAAAUAUCUGUGUCGUUUAUGUUUGUAAUUAUUGGGUGUGCAGCUUUAGAGUAGGAGAAGAGGGGCAGCAGGUGCCGCUGACAGUCUGUGCUGGCGAACCAUCAGCAUUAUUGUCCUUGGGAUCACCGAAAUGAACGCAUGUAUUUUAUUUCGCUGCCUCGAGGACAAUGGGGAGCCUGUGCAGUUGUCACCGGCACAUACACACACGUCUGUUGUUAAAAAAGAAUACACAGUUUGGGGGAAAGCACGCAACAUUUAAUCGCAUCUUAUAUCAUGACAUCGAAGUAUUGCCAAGCAGCCCAAGUAGCUGAAUUUGUUGAUCUAAAUAGUUCAACUUCCACAUCAUAAAAAUCUUAUAAAAACUUAUAUAAAAAAAAUAUACUUAUACAAAAAAAUGAAAAAAAGGAAAUUAGAAUGAAACAAUUUAUGAAGCUGUUCCCCUCUUGAAUGCUGCACCCAGAGAUCAUAUCAUCAGAAUUCAAACAAAACCAAUAAUUCAUAAAGAACUACAACUAAUUUGAACCUUGUAUUUGAAUGUUCGCCAAUGUUCAUAGUGUAUUCUUCAAGCUCAUUUUCUAACCAAGUUACCAAGUAAAUUGUUCAAAUAUGAAUAACUAAUAAUUACAAGUUUAGCAAACAAAUACAAAAAUAGCAUAUGCGUUAUUAUAUAACAUCGAGUACUAUAUACAUUACAUGAAAUACGAAAUGCAAGAAAAAUUACUUUUAAACAAAAUUUAUGUUGAAUAAAAACAGUAUUUCCAAAAACUAAA